UUAGCAAGUACAUAAGUAUUCCUAAUCAUCUCGAGGGUGGCCGGUACAUAGGCUGGAUCGCAAGUGGCACCGCUGGAUCGGAAACCGAAGAAGGAAGCUUGGAGCUAUCAAAAGCAGAGCAAACAUGGCGGUCACGAGGAUAUUGGCGUCGGCGACGAAGGGGGGCGGCGCCAAGUUCCGUCCUUCCUCCGGUGGAUUGGCACGGGCCAAAGGUCUGUCAAAAGGAAAAGAAGAGGGGCAACCACCGGCUUCCUCAGAGCUGGGCAAGUUCAUGGGCAUCCCCGAGGUUUCUCGUUCGGAUACUGCCGUCUUAGUCUCCAGGUUCAUUAAGCUCCAUACUCGCCAGAAUCCUGGAAUCAAGAAGGACAUUCUUUGCGAAGAGAAGUUAUAUAGCAUCUUGGAAGGGAAAGACAGGGUGGGUAUCUCGGAGAUUGUUAAACUGCUAUCAUCGCAACCUGUCAGAGCACAUUGAUGGUUUCCUCGGCCUGGUUAGAUUGUUCUAUGAGGAUGUCUGGUUGAUGUGAUUAUUACUUUGUAGACAGCUUAAGAUAUGAAAAGGGGGGUUUGGAUUGCAUCUUUUCUGGGGGUUACACAGCUUCAUUUACUAGCUUAUUGCUUGUCUAAGCAUUUUGAGUUUGGUUGCUCUAGUCAUGACAGUACUUAUAUUCAUUUGCUAAACCUGAUUCCAUCUUCUGUCA